AUGGCAAGUGAGGAGGAGAGUGUUCUUGCCUUAGUGCAUUGUUUUGGAAAAAUUAAAAAAAGCAAAAGCCAUGGUGUGAAGUUCACAGACAAAGAACCAUUGAGUGUGUUCAUCAGUUCGUCAAGCACUUUGUCAGAUCUAAAGAACAGCAUCUUGCAGAAGCUUGGCGUCUUUGGUACGAAGUGGGUGAAGAAGCUAUUCUACAAGAUUCCCAUCGCAGUUGUCUCGACGGGUGUUCAGUAUGAUACCUUUGUGCUAGCGGCUGAUGAAGAUAUUAGGGUUCUGUUCCAUUGUGUUAGGAGUUUUCCAGAGAUCCGAAUUCACGAGUUGUUUGCGAAGUUGGAGGUUGGUGUCGAUAGUUCUGGGGCAUCAGCUCCAUUUCAUAGCUCGACUGCCGCGGGAGGUGCGUCUAGUUUGAUGCCUGCGGUCAGACCGUAUCUUCCGCCGGUGGGUUCCCCUACGUUCGCGGCUGAUUUAGAGCGAACGGUGGUUGUUGGUUCUGUACAGUUGGAGAAUGAAGGAAUCUUUGAGCAGCCUGAUGUCGUGGGCACCGGUGGUUGCCAGUUACCUUAUAUGGAAGGCUUUGGUGAACCUGAUAGAGUAGAGAAUGCAAUGUGUGACGAUGACUCUGACCAGGAGCCUGUCGAUAUCAUCGGGGACAGCGACGACGACACAGGUGCCAAUCCACAUGCCAUCCGGCGAGGUGUUGAGUAUAGAGUCAUCGAAUCAGAUCAUCUGAAGUAUCAUGGAAACUGCAAGCAAUUCGGCAAGGGUUGUACUUGGUUGAUUCGCAUUGCACUGCGUGCACGAAAGGGCACUUGGGAGGUUAGGAGGUACAACGGGCCACACACAUGCUUGGCAACCUCUAUUUCCAGUGAUCACCGUCAGCUGGAUUACCACGUUAUCUGUGCGAGGAUUCUUCCGUUGGUUAGGGCAGAUGCUGCAGUUACGGUAAAGGUACUGCAACAAGCUACAGAAGCCGAUUAUGGUUUCAGGCCUAGUUACAGGAAGGUUUGGAUGGCGAAGUAG